ACAAAAGGCAAGCGUCGACUCGGUGGACUACUUCACAAACACGGGACGUUUUGCAAGAUAAAAAUUGAAAUAGCCUUCAUAGGAUCACGCGUAACGCGAGAGCGGCGAAGACUUCGGAUGAACCAAGUAACCGGAGAUAUAUCGGAUUUUGCAUAAACAAAAACUUCCCAAGGAGUCUCGGCCUGCCAUCUCUAGCUCCCCUGCAGAAGACGGUCAGGGACAAGGCAGCAGACACGUCGGCCGUUGGAAGUGGACUGUGAAUUUCAAAAAUCAGAACUGUCGGGAGUAUUUCUCUUAGUGUCAAGUGUUGAUCAUUAGCAAGCAAGUUGCGAGACGGUUUAGUGUUAAGUAUACAAAUCAUAGAAAUAGCUAAUGUGACUUUGCUCAGAGGACCAUAUUUUGCUACUGGCCAAAUGAAUGUAUAGACAUUGGAGCACUUGGGAUUUGAGAACCAAGAUACUUGAUGAGAAAACAUUAAGAUCACAACUACAGUGAAGUUAAUACUCCUUAGAAACGGGGGAAGAAGAAAAGAAAAAAAAAACUAAAAAAAAAAAGUUUGUUUUUGACAGAUAUAUGAUCAAUUCAUAUGAAUGCUAAUUUCUCCCUUUUUGGAGAGUUUUGUGUAUAUACAUGGUGUUCGUACGUUAGACUCUUCUUUUCAAGAGGUCUGAACGUAAAAAGUUGUGUGAGCAAUACGUUCUUUAAAUAGAAAACUAGAAGCAAAAGUUUUAGUUUUUCAUGUUUUAGAAAUAUUUUUUACACCCAAGGGCAUUAACUAUCAAGAGAAGUGGUUAAAACCCUUACAGAUCAGAAGAAAUAGCUUUACAUAUUGUCGGUUAAGCUCUUGAAGCCAUGGCUACAGCAAGAACAGCAAACCCAACACCCAUGGUGGGACUUAACAAGCCAGCAAACGGGCAGCUCAGAGGACAGCCCAAGCCAGCUGUCCUGCAGUCAGGAACACAUUCAGCUCCCCAGAAAGGAAGCGGCAUUCCCCAGAGCAGUGGGGGUAUCAAGUUUGGUGACGACUGGAAGAAGUGCCUGCAGUUGCCUCCGAAAGACACAAGAGUGAAAACUUCGGAUGUAACGUCAACGAAGGGGAAUGAAUUUGAAGACUACUGCCUGAAGCGGGAGCUCCUGAUGGGGAUAUUUGAAAUGGGAUGGGAGAAACCCUCCCCUAUCCAGGAGGAGAGCAUCCCCAUCGCUCUGUCAGGAAGAGACAUUCUGGCUCGGGCAAAAAAUGGCACAGGGAAAAGUGGAGCCUACCUCAUUCCUCUCUUGGAGAGGAUAGACCUGAAGAAGGAUCACAUCCAGGCCAUGGUGAUGGUGCCCACAAGAGAACUGGCCCUGCAAGUGAGCCAGAUAAGCAUCCAGAUCGGCAAGCACUUGGGAGGGGUCAAGGUCAUGGCUACCACCGGAGGCACUAAUUUGAGGGAUGACAUCAUGCGUUUGGAUGAGACGGUACACGUGGUGAUAGCCACACCAGGCAGGAUCCUGGACCUGAUCAAGAAGGGUGUGGCUAAGGUGGAUAAAACUCAAAUCAUGGUGAUGGACGAGGCAGACAAGCUGCUCUCUCAGGAUUUUGUGGUCCUGAUUGAAGAGAUUAUUAGUUUCUUGCCCAAGGACCGUCAGAUCCUGCUUUACUCUGCCACCUUCCCCAUAAGCGUUCAGAAGUUCAUGGCCAAGCACCUGAAGAAACCCUAUGAGAUCAACCUGAUGGAGGAGCUCACCCUGAAGGGCAUCACCCAAUACUACGCCUAUGUGACUGAGAGGCAGAAGGUCCACUGCCUGAACACACUCUUCUCUAGGCUGCAGAUCAACCAGUCCAUCAUAUUUUGUAACUCUACUCAGAGGGUUGAGCUCUUGGCUAAGAAGAUCACCCAGCUAGGCUACUCCUGUUUUUAUAUCCACGCUAAGAUGAUGCAGGAGUACAGGAACCGUGUGUUCCACGACUUUAGGAACGGACUUUGUAGAAACCUGGUGUGUACAGAUUUGUUUACCAGGGGUAUUGACAUUCAGGCGGUGAAUGUGGUCAUCAAUUUUGACUUCCCUAAAAGCGCCGAGACUUACCUACAUCGCAUUGGCAGAUCAGGGCGCUUUGGUCACUUGGGUCUGGCCAUAAACCUGAUCACUUCAGAGGACCGCUUCAACCUGAAAGGUAUCGAAGAACAGCUGGUAACUGACAUUAAGCCCAUCCCCAGCAGCAUUGACAAGAGCUUGUACGUGGCGGAGUUCCAUGCAGUUAACCCGGAUGAUGACAAUGAUGAUGCAGGAGGCAAAAGCAAGGAACAGGGUGCAGCUUGAACUAACAGAGAAAAAUGUGGCGCCUGGCAUUCAUCACACCUGCUCUGCUGCACACUGCAACAAGAUUCUAAGUGAAGACUUCUGUCCUCCACUUCAACAAAAUGGUCCAAUUUUUUUUUAAAUCCUUUAUUUCCAUUUUAGUUUGCAGCAGUGGUCAAUUGCAUCUUUGCAUAGUUUAUGCCAUAUGCUGAUCCACUGGCACGUUUGGUUGUGAAACUUCUAGCUCGUCAAUCUGGCCUGCCAUAUUGCCUCUGUUAAUCACUCCAACCUCUGAAUUUGGCUGAAUUCCUCAAGUUAUUUACCACAGCUUCUGAAACCAAUUGAGAAAAAUCCUCUUUAACCUUUUAUUGCUUUAAUGUGAAAUCAAAGGUGGACUUGUGAACAAUUCAGCCAAGGUUAAUCCAUGAUGUGUUGACGCGGCCCUUUUCCACCAGUCAGGCUCACCUUGUGCUGGUAUAUCUUUUAGAAUAGAUGGCUUUAAAGGAAACCAAAGCUAAGGAACAAGAUUUCUGGAGAAAGUUGCAUUAGAUUAUCAACGCCUCCAGAAACUGAAAUGACCACUUCAAGCUUUCAUCAAAUAAGGUUGAAUCAGUACAUCUGGAUACAACGUUUAUUG